UAAACACAAGGGGCCUAAUGUAUAUUUCCCUGUGUAAACGCCGUCGUUUCAUAUAUGUUUACACCUUUAAUGUUGUCGUUCAUCUUUUGAUUUUGGGAUUAUUCUUUUUGCUUUUCCGCUCGAGAUUUGAAAUUGAAGGGUUCUAAUUCUAAAAGAUGGAUCCAGAUGCAGUCAAGUCGACCCUCUCGAAUCUGGCUUUCGGAAACGUAUUGGCGGCAGCUGCUAGAGAUUAUAAAAAGGAAGUGCUUGCAAAUGAGAAGGCGCAAUCAUCAAAACAUGUCAAUGAGGAGGUUGAUCUUGAUGAACUUAUGGAUGAUCCAGAGCUGGAAAAAUUGCACGCUGAUAGGAUUGCUGCACUCAAGAGAGAAGUUGAGAAGAGAGAAGCCUUCAAAAGACAAGGACAUGGUGAAUAUCGAGAGGUAAAUGAGGGAGAUUUCUUGGGAGAAGUCACCAGGAGUGAGAAAGUGAUUUGCCAUUUCUACCACAAGGAGUUUUACCGCUGCAAGAUUAUGGACAAGCAUUUGAAGACUCUUGCGCCUAGACAUGUGGACACUAAGUUCAUUAAAGUAGACGCAGAGAAUGCUCCUUUCUUUGUCUCAAAGCUUGCAAUAAAGACAUUGCCUUGCGUUUUGCUUUUCAGCAAGGGAAUUGCGGUAGACAGGCUUGUUGGGUUCCAGGAUCUGGGCACAAAGGACGAUUUCACCACGACCAGACUGGAGAACGUUCUGAUUAAAAAAGGAAUGCUCAGCAAGAAGAAGAAAGAGGAAGAUGAUGAAGAUGCCGAGUACCAAGAGAGCAUAAGGCGUUCAGUUAGGUCUUCAGAGAAUCUGGACUCUGACUCUGACUGAUCAAAGCAAUCUAACAUCACAGAUUUGCAUUUCUGCUUUUCUCUAUUUUGCCUUUUACUCGUUUGUUAUGUAUUAGAAAAGGAAACUUCGAUAUAAUAUCCAAACGGUAAAAUGCUAAAUGACAUUGUAUGUUGCUAUAUAUAAUGCGCCAUUGUUAUU